AUGCAGACUCGUUCCAAGGCCAAGGCUCGCCGCGGUCGUCCGUCGGCGCGGCCAUCUGAAGAGGUUGAGGUUGUGGAGAGCCAGCUGCAGGAGGCCCACCAGAAUGAAGAGCAGGAGCCUCAGCAGCAGCAGCAGAGCGCCGAGGUGGCUGAAACGAACGCAAGUGGCUUUCGCGUUAUCCAGAUCUUGGAGAACUACGGCGUCGCCAGCUCGGAUAUCAAGAAGCUCAUGGAAUGCGGCUUUUACACGGUCGAGUCGGCGGCCUACGCCCCGAAGAAGGCCAUCCUGGCCGUGAAGGGGAUCAGCGAGAACAAGGCCGAGAAAAUUAUGGCGGAGUGCGCCAAGCUGGUGCCGAUGGGGUUCACCUCCGCGGUGGCCUACCACGAGGCGCGCAAGGAGAUCAUUAUGGUCACCACGGGCAGCCGCGAGGUGGACAAGCUACUCGGCGGCGGCAUCGAAACUGGCAGCAUCACAGAGCUCUUCGGGGAGUUCCGUACGGGCAAGACACAGCUCUGCCAUACGCUGUGCGUGACGUGCCAGCUACCGAUAUCGCAGGGUGGCGCGGAGGGCAUGGCGCUUUACAUCGACACUGAAGGCACCUUCCGCCCGGAACGCCUCGUUGCCGUUGCUGAGCGGUACAAGCUGGACCCGGAGGAUGUGCUCGCUAACGUGGCGUGUGCGCGUGCCUUCAACACGGAUCACCAGCAGCAGCUCCUGAUGCAGGCGUCUGCCAUGAUGGCCGAGAACCGCUUUGCGCUCAUCAUCGUGGACUCUGCAACCGCUCUCUACCGUACAGACUACAGCGGCCGCAACGAACUCGCGGCGCGGCAGAUGCACCUCGGCAAAUUCUUGCGCUCGCUGCACAACCUCGCUGAGGAGUACGGAGUGGCGGUGGUUGUCACAAACCAGGUGGUGGCCAACGUGGACGGCUCCGCGCAGAUGUUCCAGGCGGACGCCAAGAAGCCAAUUGGAGGCCAUAUCAUGGCCCACGCCUCGACGACGCGGCUUAGCCUGCGCAAGGGUCGCGGUGAGCAGCGCAUCAUCAAGGUGUACGACUCUCCGUGCCUGGCCGAGGCCGAGGCGGUCUUUGGUAUCUACGAAGAUGGCGUUGGUGACGCUCGGGAUUGA